AUGUCAUCUCCAGCCGUGUUGUCCAGUUUCUUGAGCGCUCUACCACCAAGACCGCCGACCCCACCGCGUGAGGCGCACCAUGAGGCUGCAGCUCCCAGAGCUUCGUUGGGCUCCAUCAACACCCGAUUGAGCAUCCACACUCCGCCCGGAUUCCCGUCGCCCACCUCCUCGACCGCCGCAGCCUCGACCUCCCGCCGAAUUCGGAAAAAGGUUGGCUUCUCUGCUCAAGCUGAAUACAAGGAGCCGCCCGUCUACCCCGACGGGGAGGGAGUGAGACAGCACCCGACUCCCGUGUCCAUGCCACGAAGCGCAUCGAAACCUGUCAAGUCCAUCCUCAAAGUCACCGCCAACGCGCAUAAUCUCCUCGACUCGACAGCCGGGGCUGACUGUGAUUUACCGAACCCCCAACUCAACUUGGUCGCCAUGUUGGAAUCCACCCUACAGCAGCUCGCUGGCGGCGACCGCGACUCGAAGCUCGACGCCUACCUGAUGCUGACACGAGCAUGGAAGGCUUCCAACAACCUCCCAGACAGGGUAGCUCUGCAAGAAAAGAUGACCCUCUUUACCCAGUUCAUGCAGCGGGAUAUUGUGGCAAAGACGGCCGAAGGCAACCUCGAUUCCUCGCUUGUUAACCACGCGCUCAAUCUACUCAACACAUUCCUGCACUUUCCCGCCAUAUCCUCCACAAUAUCAAACGACUUCGGCGUCUUCAUCAUCGACCACUGCAUCCGCUCGUUCGAGGAUGUCUCUACCCCAAAAGACACUGCGCGCCGCCUCAUGCAGGUCAUCUCCUUGCAGAACUUUUCCCCCAAAGUCAUGACUACGGACAGAGUCGGGAGGUUGGUCUCGUCACUGCACAACAUAGAGGAACACUUGAAAGGGAAGAGCAUUGUUUUGUCUCGGAUUUUGAUUUACCGGAAACUGGUUCAGCAGUCCAAGCAACUCAUGGUUGUUCAUUCAGACUGGCUGCUGGACAUGUUCACGGAUAUGCUCAGCAACCUGAAGGAUAUCCGAUCGGCCGCCAUCUCCCUCGGACUGGAAGCAGCUUUUACCAUUGGGCACGAAAAGCAGCUGUCGCGGAAGGUCAUGGAGAUUUUUAACCUUUCACACGAAGACAAGCGGUAUAUCCAGUAUUACGAGGGGAGGCUCAAGAUCAUGUCCAAGGACAAGCACGAAUCGGCCAUUGUCCCCGAGAUAUGGAGCGUCGUCAUCCUCCUUCUUCGUAUCCGGCUCGACAAAUGGGAGUACACCGGGCCCUGGCUUCACGUCAUCCAAAACUGUUUCAACAGCUCCGAUUUUCCAACCAAAAUUAGGGCUAACCAUGCAUGGGCUCGCCUCGUCUACCUCAUACACCUCGAGGAACGGGCGUUUCCGAAGAACCUAGCAACCCUAACGGGCCCUCUCGUCAGCCAGCUGAGGCGCAGAGGCUCCGGGAAAACGUCAGAGGAGCUGCGGCAGGCUGUUUUGGGCGGCAUCUGCAAUCUGUUUUACUACGCCUUCAAACCCAACACAAAUUCCAUGCUUCUGGAUACUUAUUGGGAUACCAGCGUUCAGCCUGUGCUAACAAAGCUGCUUGACAAUACCGCCGAGGCUGCCGACGACAAUCUUCGGCAGGCUAGUGCUAUUCUCGGAGGCCUCUUUGACUGUACGACGCCACGGAGAUGGGCUGGAGACCAUAUCGUGGAAUCUUCGCUCGUGAAACCCGAAGAGCUCCCGCCUCUCGACUCAAAAUGGAUCAGGCGCAAUACCAGCCGAGUGUUCGGCGUGGUUGAGCCCAUUCUUGAACAGGAUUUCCUCGCGCUAGCCAGAGCCGACAGCCCAACCUGCGGUCUUUGGCGGGCCUUGGUUUCGACAGUCGCUACGGCGGCGGCCAAGGAGAUCAAAGUCUCGAGGGAUACAGCUCUCUUCGUCGCGGAGGCCCUCGAAAGCCGGAAAGCACCAAGCGUCUGCCAAGGCGCCUCUUUUCACCCUCUUCUCGAUGCUCUCAACGCUACGCCAGGUGUCUCCGACGACAAUGUUUAUGCGGUAUUUUUCCGUCUCGUUUUUGCUCCCUUCUUCGUCUCCAAGUCAGACAAGGCAAAAAUGGACAUGGCGCAAGAAUUGAUAUCGACCGUCCCCAUGGAUGCCCCUCGGCCCUAUGGGCCUUGGUUGUUGGUGGCUGAAAACAUCUCCAGUUGGCUUGAGCCUAGACACAACAGCCACCACUCGACCGGCUCUGCAGGAGAGACGCCAGUUGGCCAUGACUACCGCGAUGUCGUCAAGAUCCUCGAACGCGGUAUCAAGUCGACACCUAACCUUCCGCCGAAGCAUUGGGAGUCUUUAUUUUACGCAGCUUACGAGCGGGUACGCGAGGAGACCGGAGACGCCGGAGCGGCAAUCGUAGUCAUCGAACCCCUGGCCAAGGUCGCAGCCGAGCAACUCGUAGCUCGAGGGCUGGUGGUCAAUCCGCUCAGUUGUAUCAAAGUUGCGACCGAGCUGAUCUCCGUCGCUACGCAGCCGCGGGAUAGGCAAGCUGUGGAUGCCGCCCGAAAGCGACUUUGGGGCACGACCCUAGCUGGGUCCCGCGCCUCGUCCUUUGACACCCUCGACAACCUUUACAGAGCUGCCAACGAUGUUCUGGACUCGUCGUACAACAACUUCAGUGCUGUUGAUCCAGAUCAUAUUUUGCAGCUUUUCAAGGAGCUCGGCAGCUUCUUUGACAGAUGCAACCGCGAACUGUUUUUGAGGGCGAUGAUCGCUUUGCAAGACGGCCUCCUUCCCUGGUUUCAAGAUAGCAAACGGUUACUCGGUAGCCAGACUAACGCUACCUUUGCGGCACUACAAUGCCUUGACCGGUUUUUCUGCGCCUCGUUUGCCUCCUGCCACCGAGCCAUUGCCAACUCCGCCAUCUCGUUGUGGAACAGGCUCUUUGAGAACGUCGAGCACCUCGAAUACCCGGAACAACUCAAAGCUGCCCUCGUGCAAAUGCAGCUCCAUGCCGAUAUCGUAUUGCCAGGGUUGGAAACAUCAAGCACCGAGCAUGCUGGACAGCAACCGUCUUUCGUCGACUCAUUCGAGGAUUUCAGCUUCCCCAGGCUACCUUCUACGCGAUCCAACAGCCGAAGGGGUACUCCACGGCCGAGUUCGUCUCGAUCCAAGUCACCUACUGCCGCAAAGUUUGCUGCGAGGCAUCUUGAUAGAUCUCCACAAAGGAAGCCGGUCACACGGAGUCGCCAAACCACAACCCCUCGGUUGAGACACGAUGACUCGCAAGUCCAGUUCGCAGCGGUUGGGCAUUCUUCGGCCGUGGGUAGCCCUCUUGAGUCUCAAGUUCUGACGGAACGGCAGAAGGAGAUCCGUGAGCGACAACGGGAAAACGCGUGUCUCUUCCCUGAGAUCCGGUCCAGCCCCGGUGUGAAGUCAAAGGAUACAGGUCAACAGAUGCUCCCCGUUGCUCCCCAAUCGCGGCAGGCUACCACCCCGGAACCCGAAGCAGGAUUUGACGACUACGUCUCGUCAACUCCUACACCUCGUCGUGGUCAGCUACUGGUGAUGCCGGAGCAUGAUAUGACGGAUCCGCCUUCCUCGCCCCCAGAGCUGAGAGGAAAUCCGCUAGCAGCCGAGAUCAGAUCGAGGUCUGCCAGUCAUAAUCUCCUCGAAGAAUGGCAGUUUUCCUCCUCGCCGGUCUCCGGGUCACCGAAUCCGAACCGACUCGGGGUUGUGCCCGACCCUUCGAGCCAGCGGGGCUACGCCAGUGUUGUAUCUCUGCCCGAGGGACUUAGCAGCCCAGUAAAGCAAGAAUACGGGGCGGAGGCGGAGACGCCAUCCACUGCGGGUGAGGUGAUUGAGGACAGCAUGAUUUUUGAACAUGGGGUAGCUCAACCGUCGAAGCCAUCGAACACUCCAGCGGACGAGGGUCCCUCUACGCCCCGGCGCUCCUCUCGGCUAUCUCAGAGGACCCGGGAGACCCCAACAACAAAGUCUGACGGCGAGGAAUUCGUGGAUGCGCCAACAAGCCCACAGCCGUCGACCCCCAAACUGGAAGGGAGAUCGACGAAAGCAAGCGAGGCAUUUGACGGUAAGCAGCUACCUGUCAUCCCAGCGGGGACUACGUCUUUCGAUGUCAGCGAUGUCGACGAAAAGAGUCUUCUCAGGCUAGUAGUCGAGCUGGACUCUGACAAGGUUGACCGCUCAGAGUAUCACCAACCUUCACCUUCUUUGCCCCCUGACGGCAAGGCACCGAAGUCACCCGUGAUCGACUGCAUUGUGGUCGGGGACAGCUCGCAGGAGGCUGAAGCACCUCUCCCCUCGAGAAAAACCAGAGCGAGCUCUACGGCGUCGGCAGCAUCGUCCAGCACCGAACCGAAGGUGCGUGCUGGACGCCCAAAGAGAAAGCGAGCCGUUUCAAAGGCACAAGAAGCGGGCCCGAAGAGACCACGGCAUGAUUCGGCGGAAAAGAGUGAGGAGGAAACCGCGAGCAGCCAAACAGCACCGGUCCAAGAUAUAGUUGUGGAAGUGCACGCGUCGGCUGAGCUGCCGACAACCAUCCCUGGGGAUGUUAGCAGAGACGACAGCCCUGAGCAGCGAAUCCCUAGCUCUUCGGCUGAGCCAUCGAGCCCCGAAAGCUUUAGCCAAGAGAGCGACUUUCAGGAGGCCGCGGGCGCCGUAAUCGAGGAUGCGAUGGACCUUGAAGGAGACGACCAGGACGUGCAAUCCCAGAUUGCACUUGAGUUCAGCCAACACCAAGUGGUAGAAGAGAGCAGUCCGGCAUCCAAGGAAUCGAUGCAAAUUGACAUGCAACACCCCACCACCAAUGAACAAAAGGGUGGCAAGGCCGCCGACAACACAACACCGGAGACGAACCAGGUGCAGAAGAUGAUGGAUUUGUUCCGAGGCGGGCUUGAGGAGCUGCGAUCAGCACGGCUGUCAAGGGAGGAGGUGUACCAAAUUGAGGAUAUGUUUAUGGAUAUGAGGAGAGAAUUGUAUGAAGCAGAGAGGCGGGGACGAGCAUAG